AUGGCACCUCACCACGAGCCCUUCAAAGGCCUCGCGCCUAUCAAGUGGGAAUCUGUCGCCGAGGAGGAUCCAGAAGAGUUCAUGACCGGCGUAUUUGCCAACGCUCAAACAGUUAUUGACUCUAUCCCCGUCCCCGCCGCCGUUAAGCAGGCCGCUGCUUCCCACGGCCGAUCCCGCUCCCACACCGACCCCCCGAUACCUGUCGCCGACAUCAAUCGUUCACUGUCCCAGCGCCAGACCGGUGCGGCGCUGAAGCUGUCGCAGGACCUGUCCAAAGAGUGGAAGGAGGUCAAGGUCAAUGCCAAGGAUAACCCGCUAGCAAUCAACGUGUAUAAACUCGCCGCCAAGGACGGCAAGGGCAGCUGGUUCGCCCGGCGCAGCGUUCACGAUGGCUUAAGUUUUGAGAAGUGGAAGCUGGGCCUCGAGAGAGAAUUUGCCGAGUCCAUGAAGGUGCAGAGCGGGCCCGGCGCCGGCGCCAUCCGCGGCAUUGGAGCAGAGAAGCGGGCGGCACAUGAGGUUGUGGAAGGCUCUGGAAAAAUGGAAGUAUUCCAAUUGUCGGCGCAAUUCCCAGGCCCGACGGCUCCGAGAGACUUUGUGACGUUACUGCUGAGUUCCGACUUUUCCGGCGGCGCCCCGCAAGAAGGUACUAGGCGGCCGCUCCGGACCUACAUGAUUGUGUCGAAACCAUGCAUUCAUCCCGAGUGCCCCGAGCGGCCAGGCUAUAUUCGAGGCCAAUAUGAGUCGGUCGAAAUCAUUCGCGAGAUCCCGUCCGACAAGCCGGCUGCGAUCACGCGAGCACGAUCGUCGAUUGAUCUCAGUCAGGAAGGCGCCAAAGAAAGACAAGCUGUAGCUGAGUCUAUGGGCAAGGAGGCCGUUCUACGGGCAGCGAAAAAGACAGCAGAUCCAGACAGCCGUCAUCGAGGUACAUCUGUUGACAGUGCACCUGCCAGAGACGACGCUGGGCACACCGGCGAAGGCAUCGAGGAGGAGGCGACGACGUCUGUUGAGUGGCUUAUGGUGACUCGUAGUGAUCCCGGCGGCAACGUGCCCCGAUUCUUGAUUGAUCGGGGUACACCGGCAGGCAUCAUUGGAGAUGCCGGCAAGUUCCUCAAGUGGAUGACUGCGAAGUCCGCAGAUGACUUUUCAACUUCAGACAAAGAACAGGAGGAGACGAAAGAAGGCGCUAAGCAGGCCGAGAGCGAAAAGGUUGCUUCUCCAAGGGAGGUGGCCAAGCAACCAACAUCAAAUUUGUUACCUGAAGAGUCAGCACAGGUGCAGGAUAAUUCCGUCCCGAGUAGUAACGGCCUGUACGGCAUCAUAUCCGGUGCUUUCGGAAUGGCUAGCUCCGUUGUGGCUAGUCGCCUACCAGAGGGCUACGCUUUACCCGGAAUAUUCACUGCACCAAGUACCAACGGGUCGAUAGCGGAGGAAGAUGAAGAGGAUGAGUCGGUUCAAAGCGACACGUCGUCCAUCCGAAGCUUCGCUUCAGCGGUCGAGAAGACGGACGAGGGUGAGCCCAUCACGCCACCAGAGGUUACGCAGCCUGACAGCGUGUCGCUUCACUCGUCCGGAUCUGGCGGCGGCGCGUCCCUCCAAGGGUCUAAGACGUCGUCGCACCACGAGAGAGAGCUCAGGAAACUCCAGGAGCGGCGCCAGAAGAUGCAAGACAAGAUCAACAAGAUGCAAGAGCGCAUGUCUAGUAAGCGUGACCAAGACUCGCAAAAGGAGGUCGCCAACCUGGCAAAGCUCCGCGAGAAGCACGAAAAGGAGAUGGCCAAGCAGGAAGACAAGUACAAGCGCGACAUGCAGCGCCUCGAGCAGCGCCGCGAGCACGAACAGCGCAAGGCUGAGGAGAAGCGGCGGAAGCAGGCAGAAAAGGAGGAGAAGGCAAACUUGGCCUUGGAGCUCGAGCGCAUCAGGACGGAGCGGGAUGUGGCGCUCAAGGAGAUUGACGUCCUCAAGGAGCAGGUGGGUCAGCUGCAGAGCCAGAAUACCAUGCUGGUUGUUAAGAUGGGCAAGAUGGGUGGGAUGGGCGGUAUGAAGAGACAGGAUUCGUCGUUGAGUGUAUCGGGAGAAAAGGUGGUUCAGACUGUGUCCAACUAA